GUUACAGUUAGAGCAUCCCUCCGCCCCGCCCGGCUCCCCACCCCCCGCGAACUCGGGUCCUCAGUGUCCUCUAGAACGCCGGCGUGGCUGUCGCGCUUCGAACCCCCUGGUCCACUCUCGCCCUGAGCGCCGGCGGCCGCGUCUCUGGCCAGCCUCCGGGCCCCGCAUCAAUCAUUAACGCGGCGGCGUGAGCCGCUGCAGCGCCAGAGGGGGAUGGGGGGGAUGGUAGGCGACGCGAGACAGGGGACACCUCCAUCCCUCGCCGCGGCGCAGACACCCUAACCCCGGGGGCCCCCGCCCUGCGCGGCGCCGCCCUCCCCCGCCAGCGCCUCGCGCACAUCCCGCCUCCCGCCGCCCGCCCCGCGCGCACGAUGCCCAGUCACCGCCGCGCCGCCGCCACCGCAGUCAGCCGCGCCACCGCCGCUACCACCGCAGCGCGGCCGGCUGCGCGCUGACACAGGCGAGCGUGGCGAGGGCGCCGCCGGGAAGCCGCGCGCAGCCGUCACCCGGUGCCCCGAGCUCCCGGAGCAGCCGGCUCCCAAGCCGAGGCCGCGUCGCCAACCUGCGGCCGCGGUCCCGCGCGCACGCGCGCGCACAAAGGCUCCGACGGCGACCGGCGCCCGAGGUGGCCUUGCGCGCGCCCUAGCUCAGCCCGGGGCACCAUGCCGCGGCGCCUGCAGCAGCGGGGCGCGGGCGCCAAGGGACCGCCAGCCCCUGCCUCCCGGCGCUCGCACCCCGCCUCCGCCCCCCGGAGCCCGCCGGCCACCGCCGCCAAGCCGCUGCUGCGCUGGGACGAGGUGCCCGACGACUUCGUGGAGUGCUUCAUCCUGUCCGGCUACCGGCGGCUGCCGUGCACGGCGCAGGAGUGCCUGGCCUCGGUGCUGAAGCCCACCAACGAGACGCUCAACUUCUGGACGCACUUCAUCCCGCUGCUGCUGUUCCUCAGCAAGUUCUGUCGCCUCUUCUUCCUGGGCGGCAGCGACGUGCCCUUCCACCACCCCUGGCUGCUGCCGCUGUGGUGCUAUGCGUCGGGAGUGCUGCUGACCUUCGCCAUGAGCUGCACGGCGCACGUGUUCAGCUGCCUGUCGCUGCGCCUGCGCGCCGCCUUCUUCUACCUGGACUACGCUUCCAUCAGCUACUAUGGCUUUGGCAGCACCGUGGCCUACUACUACUACCUGCUGCCCAGCCUGAGCCUGCUGGACGCCAGGGUCAUGACGCCAUAUGUGCAGCAGCGCCUGGGCUGGCACGUGGACUGCACCCUCCUCAUCGCGGUCUACCGCGCGCUCGUGCUGCCCGUGGCCUUCGUGCUGGCCGUGGCCUGCACCGUGGCCUGCUGCAAGAGCCGCACUGACUGGUGCUCCUACCCCUUCGCCCUGCGCACCUUCGUCUUCGUCAUGCCGCUCAGCAUGGCCUGCCCCAUUAUGCUGGAGAGCUGGCUCUUCGACCUGCGAGGCGAGAACCCCACGCUCUUCGUGCACUUCUACCGCCGCUACUUCUGGCUGGUGGUGGCCGCCUUCUUCAACGUCAGCAAGAUCCCUGAGCGCAUCCAGCCGGGUCUCUUCGACAUCAUCGGCCAUAGCCACCAACUCUUCCACAUCUUCACCUUCCUCAGCAUCUAUGACCAGGUGUACUACGUGGAAGAGGGCCUGCGCCAGUUCCUCCAGGCGUCCCCCGCCGCACCCACCUUCUCCGGCACGGUGGGCUACAUGCUGCUGCUGGUGGUUUGCCUGGGGCUGGUCAUCAGAAAGUUCCUGAACAGCUCGGAAUUCUGCAGUAAAAAGUGAGCCUCCACCCGGGAGGAGGCUAUGGUUUGCCCACCUGUUUGCGUGGAGUUUCUGUUGUUAUUGUUGGUUUGUUUUCAAGUUUUGUUGUUUCCUUUGCUAGAGGAGGGUGCCGUAGACAAUAAGGAAAAGGUCUGGGCUAGUUGGGGACUCCCAGUCCACUGGCUUUGGAAGAGGAGAUGGGGAUGAAGAGGAAGGAAAAGGGCCUCUGGGAAGAAAAUUAGGUUUUGUCUAUGAUAUCCAGGGAUUUUGCAAAGACACUGAAGAAAAUCACAGAACCCCAAGCAGUUGGCUUUCCUAACAGUCUUCUGUGUCCCUCAGUGAAUCCAGGCAGGUAUGCAGUAAAGAGGAUAAACACAAAUCCCUGGCUGCCCCCACCGCAGUCUAGAAAUGCCUGGAUUUGUCAAAAGAAUGGACCUUUCUGUGUUGAGAAAUGGGCACAAAGACACAAACCCAGGGCUUAACCCGCUAGACAAUGCAUGGAAUGUGAACAUAAGUUAAUUAUUUCAAAAUGUUUAUCAGAUGUUAUUUAAGUGAUAAUAUAUACAAUGAUCUUUUUUUCAUAAUUUAUCAAAGCCCAUGAGACGCGCUGAGUUUUCUCCGUCACGCAGUUCUGGUUUUGCAGCCUUCUGCAUUGCACUCGUGAGCUGGACAUCAGGACAAGCUGCUUAAGCGCUCGACCACAUUUUUAAACAGUGUUUUCUGAAGGCCCGUGAGUGUCGUGAUAAAGCCGAAUGACUACUUAGGGACCCUGCUUAGACUGUUGGUGAGGCCCCAGUGGUUUGUAUAGGUCUCCAAUUCCUACUUACUUUAAUGUAGUCCACAAAACCCACCCUGGGUUUUGGUUUUUAUUUUUUUUUUUAAUCUUUUAAUCUGAUUCUUUCCUCUCUACUUAUUUAAGUUGCCACUAAAAUAAAUGUGCCUUUUGAAGCAAUGCCCAAAUGACUGGUCCUCAGACACCGUUCUUGUACCGGGAGAAUAGCGUAUUCUUACUACUUUUCUGCAAAUCAUGGUUGAACAGAAGGGAAGGAAGACGGGCUUGGUUUUAGGUUUGUAGUGGGAGCAGAAGUAGCGCAGAGGUGUACAGCGCAUAUGACUUUUGCAAGACUCAGCCCUCUAAUGUGGCUGAGGUUCCUGGGGCAACCAACAAGGAAUGGGAGAGAGGACAGGAAUGCACGUAACCUUGCUUAACCUUUAAAAGGCAAUCAGGAGUACGUGAGGCAGUUCUAUUAUGAAAGUCAGGAUCGUGCUGCUUACUACUGAAAUUUCUGAGUUAAGACUCCAAUUGUCCAGUUAAACACCAAAGUCUCAUUUGAAUCCAGACUAUGGAAAUGAUUGGCAGGUUAGCAACAUGCCCCCAGACUCUUCCAGUGACCCUACUGGCCAGUGUUGUUAGACAUUUCUUAUACAUGUUAACCUGUCAUUAAAAUGGCAGCUCUUCAUCACAAACCACCGAGGUAGUGUAUAUUAAAUAUUCGUCACGCUUCUUGGUAAGCCCUUCUGGCUAAGAGCCAACCACAUUGGUAAAUGGGAGUCUCGGCUUCAUGGUAUAAUUUUAGGCAAGCACAUGAGGUACAUGAGCGGUUACCUCAGUACUGGUCAGACGGUGCUCCCGAAAAGGUAGCUGUUUUGUUUAUGCUCUUAAUUGCUACUGUAUUUGUAAAUAGUGAAUCUUGGCACAAUUCCCUGGAGGAACCAAUGCCCUGUGUGUGUUCACUUGCACACACGAGUUAAAUUCCUGUGUGCGUAUUGACUUGAGGGCUUCUUAAUGGGAUUUUAAAUACACUUUGCACAACCCUAUGAAUGUCAGUGUCUCAUCCUUUGCUGCGCACUUGCCACAGAGGCUGAACCUCAGCGACUCUUAAUUCAGCACGUGUGAUCAAGGAUAACUGGAGAUCAGGACACAGCCACGUCGACUUAUUUACACGUCACUGUUGUAAAGUCGCAAAGAACGUUCCUUUGUGAACUAGAGAAACAGGUUGAGGAGCAUUUUGUAGGUUUGUUGUUGUUUUGCUUUUGUUGAAUGGGACCCCCUCCCCCAGCUGACACACACACUUUUAAAAGAGAGAGAGAGAGAGACAUCUGAAAGAAGCUGUGAGCCUGAGGACAGGAAGGAGAACCCAGAAUUUGCCAUUUUAGGCUUUGGCUGGAGGUCUUCCAGGUCCCCUCUUGCUAUGUGCCUUUGUCUUUAAGCAGAGGCCACUUGAGGAUGAAAUCAUGCCCGUAUCAUUUUCCAGUGAUUAUGAUGCAUGAGCCAAGGAGAUGACCUGCUUUCCCAGGAAAGGUCUCCCCACCCCGUAUGCUCCAAGGAGAAGGAGGAUCCGCUUCCCCCUCCUCCUGGCAUUUCCCUUCUCCGGGUUCCUUUCCUCCUCUUUAUGAGCCACGAGCAUUGGCCAUAGGGCAUUCUAAUUGAAAACAGCGGUUCAGCUUCCCUUCCUGUUUGCAGAUAGGUACCACACACACCAUCAAGCUCGGGGAUGGCUUGACUCCGUGUGACCGGCUGGAUUAUAUUAUUCCUGCUGAGGCAGAUAACGCUGUUUUAGAGCAAAUAUUUACUCGGUCCCCGUUUGCACAGAGCUAACCAGGCUUGUUAUACGUUUCAGGAGUAAUGUAGCCCUCAGAAUGAAAUUCUUUAAAAUAUACUUUUCCAUGAGCUCCAUUUUGCCACAGCCAUUAAAUUCAGAUUUGUUUUUGUUACAUUUAACAGUUCCCAAUAUGUGGCAAAUUAUAAAUAAGAAUUCACUCUACUAUCUUCAUAUAAUCUAUUUGGCAAUAACAUUUUGAAGGAUACUAUGAAAUCCAUCUUAUUUUCACUUGCUAGUCACAAUCUAGGUGGCAUCUCCAGGAGCAACCCCUUGGAGUUCUGCCUGGGAAACAACUGUCUGAUUCUGUGCCUGUUGUUCUGUGAGUGGUCCCAGGGCUGGCUGGCUAAGGUUUAGUUGUUUAGGGGGAGAGCCUUUUUUCUUACCCGUCUUGCCUCUCAGGUGAAGAAGGUGACCUUCCAGAGAAAGGAAGUACAAGUCCUUCAUGUCGUGACUGGCUUGUAAAAAUAAACAUGAUCUUUUUCCAGUGCCCAUCCGCGUUCCAUAAAUAACCCAGGGAGAAAGUAUGGGGCUGCGUAACUGUCCAGAGUAGCCUUCAUCUGCUUCCAUUCAUAAACCCCACCUGUAAGUGCUUACAGUCAGAAAACCACUUAGUCUCCUGUGCCAUCCUCCUCUGUGUGUGGCAGAGAAUGUAAAAUUGGUAAAUGUUUCUGCUUGGUGAUGAAUCUGGGGGUUAACUCCAAUAAGUCAGGAUAAGCCAGGAUUCCUUCCUUCCUUCCUUCCUUCCUUCCUUCCUUCCUUCCUUCCUUCCUUCCUUCCUUCCUUCCUUCCUUCCUUUUUUUGAGACAGGGUUUCUCUGUCCUGGAACUAGCUCUUGUAGACCAGGCUGAACCUCAAACUCACAGAGAUCCGCCUGCCUCUGCUUCCAAGUGCUGGGAUUAAAGGCGUGCGCCACCACGCCCGGCUAGCCAGGGUUUCUUUAUCUUCAAAUCCCCCAGCUAAUGAAUUGGCACGAAGCUGUGGUAGACAGAUGUGGUGGAAGUUACUUCUCAAGGGUUUUCUCAUUGGCUAAAGGUGACAGAAUUCAGUCUUCAAACUGUUGUUAGAAGGCAGGGAUAGUUGUGUGCUCAGUUGUGUCUCUUAGUCUGCAGGACUCUGGACUCUGUUACGUGGUCAAACAUACAGAUGCUAAUUGGAUCUAUAUUAUAUAAUCUUGGAUAAAUAUAUCCAUCUAAUUGAAUAUUUAGUUUUGGAAUAGAACAAAAGAAGAGAUGGCUACCUUUAAAAUUAGAUUAUAAAAUCUUAGAAUGUUACCAGCCACUGGAAUGGUUUUUCUCAUCUUGUUCUUCAUCUGCUAGGUUUGGCGUUGCUGACUCUGUUAUGAUCCUUUGACUGAUAUCCACCUUGUCUUUGUGCAACCUCUCUAGUGAUCACUGAACAUCUACUGUACAUGAGACAUUAAACAAGGAUACGUGCCUCCAUCCAUAGUAUUACAAACAUUACCAGAGUUACAAGUUUG